AUGAGUAAGAAUUGGAAGAAGAAGGCUGGUAAUCCAGACGACGAGAGAGACAGCCGCGUUCAACCUUUCUUGCACAGAAAGUACGGUAAAAGAGAUACAGGUUUUAAAAUGGGUGAAAUUGUAGAACGAGCCAAUCUGUAUAAAGACGAGUACAACCAAGAGGGCAUACAUGAUAAAGUGCUCGUAUUGCAAGUCAUGCCUGACGAUUAUGAAAUGCAAGAACUGACUGCGAGAUUGGAGCUGAUUGAAUGUUCUAGUACAGCAGUGAAUGAGGUGAAGUCGAAAGUAUCUGGGGAAAGUGCAAGUGGAAGCCGAAGAGAAAUGUCCACUUCGGGAUUAUGUUCCGACACGAUGUCUGUGCACAUAGAAGACAAAGUCGAAGUACACGAACAGUCUGUGACAAGCUUAGCAGAUAGUGCUGCUAAAGAUGGCGACCUUUACAGCAGUACAGCUAUAGUAGAAACUUCAUCCUGUAUAGAGGGCCCUGAAAUUCACGAACCUGAUAGUUUUGAAACGAAUCUGUCAGAUGCUAGAGAGUUUGGUAGCCAAAGCAUUCCCGACAAGCGCGAGAGAAGCUAUGAUACAGAACCCUUUUCUUAUUGGAGCGAAAGCAAAACCGAAAGAAGUGAUAUCCAUCGCAACAGUGCUUGUGGGGAGCAUUGUUAUACGAGCGAAGCAAACAAACUCAAUCACUAUUCGGUAGAAGCGAGUGAUCGUACAGCAGAGGACAGCAGCGAAGUUAAUAUCGAUCAUUCUGAAGCUUAUUCUAUGUCUGAAAAGCCUAUUCCGCCGCCGAGGACUAUUUUCCAAGACGCAAAUCACGGAUUCCCAGAAAACGAAAGGGGAUUGAAUGUUUACACAGUCACAGUAGAAGAGGAGGUAAUUGAAAGCGGAAGUAUGAAAGGUGAAUCGGAAUUUGCAUGCGGCGAAAAAACUGAACUCGAAAGUGUGGAGUAUGCGACUGGACUUGACGCUCGGAAUGGAACCUGCAGUGAUUCCAAUUCUUCUGCCAGCGCAUGUGACGUGCACGUGUUAAGAGAGCAUCGUAUCUAUGUGCAUGCAAGUUUGUUGGCAGUGAACAGUCGUUAUUUUCGAAGUCUGUUGUUUGAAUCUGGUAUGAGAGAAUGCACGAGUGCAGAGUUUUGCAUGAAAGUUACAGAAGUCGAAGAAGACGCGUUCUUGUUGCUUUUAAGAUCGAUCUACGAUCCGGACGUCUUGGAUACCGUUGAAAUCACCGAACUUGUGAACGUCCUACGGUUAUCUGUGAAAUAUGACGUCCGUUUUUCAACCAUCAAAGCCACUCGUGUUCUGGAAGCCAUGCCCCUCACACUUGAUGUUUGUGAAACAAUAAUCGAAGCGGUUAGUUCAGGAGGGUUGCCUGACCUAGGUGGAGUAAUGAGAAACGUAGAAAUACGUCUUCUCGGUGAAUUUGAACCACUCGACGAGACUUGGGAAUCCGAAAAGUUUGCGACUCUUACCGAACAUGCACUUCGCUUCAUACUCGGCAGUGAUCUGCUCAUUGUACAGUCUGAGAACACCGUGUUCAUCGCUCUGAUGCAAUGGAUUGCGGCAAAUGGCGAACUGUACGAGGACAUAACGGAAUACUCCGAUCUCUUAAACCUGGUCCGAUUCGAGCUGAUGAAACCGACGUACAUUCACGAUGUUGUACGAGGGCACGAAAUCGCCAUGCAACUCAACGAUUUUGAGGCAGUUUAUUUAAAAGCGAUCACCUAUCAUGCUUUGCCUCCAAAACGGCGAGGAGGGGAAGUCAAACAGCGGCAAUGGUGCCAGCCAAAGUCUCCUACAUUUAUGUGGAUUCUUUACCCCGAGCCUGAAAUGUUUUCCUUUGACAAAGGAACUUCAAGCAAUUCAAUACAGUCGUCAAGUUUUUGGUACUUUGGUUACAAAAUGCAUCUCCGAUUGGACUUGUCCACAUGCCAGGACGAGAGUUGCUUGUAUUUGGUUGUCGAGAAUCUCGUGGACGAUGGCUCGGUCGAAAUAGUAUAUGAUGUCGACGUGAAAUUUGGCGAGGGUCUGCACAAGAGUUUUACCUGUGAUUCUUUUGUAUACCGGGGAAAAGAUCCCUCUUCAGCCCCUGGUAAUUAUCCCUUCGAUGAGAAAUAUUCGCUGGGUGAGAUAAAGGAGAUCUUGUUGGGAAGUCCUCCUAUUAAAGUAGCAAUUACGUUUGAGGUUGCUGUAAAGAAAAUACUAAACGACUGA